AUGGCGCCCCCACAUCGCAAGCGCGUGUCAUCUUCCCCAAGUGCCAGUGGAUCCACUCCUCCUCGCCGCAAGUCCGCGCGCCUACAGCAAUCUGCAUUUGCAAGGGCUGCACGUCUGCAGCAAAGUGAGCCUGCAAUGGCCGCACGCGAGCAGUCAGUGGAUGCGUCUGUCCUCAGCGUCCUGUCAACCGAACCAGAGCCGUCAGAAACCUGGUCCGCUUUGGAAGAAGCGGCUAAGCAGAGGAUUCGCAAGUAUAAGCCCUUGGACCGUCCGCAUGAAGAGAAGCUACCACAAUCACUAGAGGCGUGCCUCGAGUGGCUUCCGGAAGGAAGCCGGGAAUUAUUAGCCCGUGACAUCAAGGGUGUAACAAGCGACGACGAACUAUAUCAUAUCUUUUAUAACUUAUUAACUAGGCUGAUGGUGCCCAUGAAAGUCCGCUCUCGACAAUCAUCCAUCACUAGUUCCCCUCCCACCAAGAGUCAGCAUCCUGUAGAGGUGGUGGCCUCUACUCUGGAUCAGUCAAAUACUCGUGAUCACAACUUCCGUGACAUGUGCCCUCGUCGCGAUGAUUAUCGUUGUAUCCUUACUGGCGAUAUUGAUACAGAUCACUGGGAAACGCUCGGUUCCCCGGAAGGUGUCUGGCAUAUGGACGUUCAAGCAGCGCAUAUCAUCCCAUUUUCAUAUGCCUCAUGGGACAAAUCAUCGGACGUCGAUCAUACCUAUGAGAUUAAAACAUAUCGCCGUUUUCCGCCUCGAGAAAGAGUCAAUCUUCCUAAGGAUCUUCGAGUGAAAUUCUCAAAAUCCCCUGGCUCGGAGGAUCUUCCGCUGCCAAGUGUCACUUUCCUUGAGUGUCACUAUAGACUGGCAGAGAUAUUUCACGCAUCAGGCAUGGCCCAGGUCAUCGAAAAGUAUCUCUGGGGCUGGGAGGAUAUUAAAGCCAACGCGCCCGAAACAUUGAGCGCGGACGGUAGAACGGAUAUCGCUCACAUGCUGGAAGUUGGGCUCUGGGCCCAUGUCAGGGGUUAG